AUGGCCUCGCCCCUUAGGAGCAAGUCCUCCGUCCCGCGAGUGGAAAGCACCCGCCACAAGGAGACAUCGACUGUCCGCAUGGAGACGUCGUCCCACCGCGAGGAAACGUCAUCCCACCGCGUGGAGACGUCCUCCCGGCAGGUUCUAACGUCUUCCCGGCAAGUGGAGACCUCCCAGCGCCACCGAGAGGGACCCUCCCUCACCCCCUCCGCGAAGCGACUCCCUCAAUUCCUCGAGGUGUCCUCCCAGCACGUGGAAACCUCCUCGCAGUGCAUGGAAACGUCCUCCCGCCACGUCAGGGCGUCGUCAUCCCUGCGGGUGGAGACUACUGUGCACCGCGUAGAGAGCCCAGCCAGGCGAGACAAGCAAGCCACUCGGCAGAGUGCCAGAAUGACUCGAUGAAGUGCCAUGGUCCUUAGCCAGGACUGAGGAAUUGCCAGCCAGCUUCCAGGAGAGCCAAGUAUCUUUGGUUUCAUGGAAACAGCCCAUAAAACAGUGUAAGAAGCAGGCUGUGGUUUCUGGGCACUGUUAACAUGUAUUGACAUUGCAGCACCUUAGUCCAUCCUGCUGUUGACCCAGCGUACUAUUAACCUGAAGCCAGCACAGAAAGGUUUCCGAUUUGUAGUACUGUGUAAACCCAGACGAUGGACAAAGAGAUUCUUUGAGUCUCUACACCAGCCUGGAAGUAAUGCCAGAAAUGUGUUCGUUCUUCCAGACUUUUCUCCAUUGACGACUGCCUCUGUUUCCUCCUUUAGUAGUAUGUGGAUGAUCGGCUGACUGUGACUCUGGAAAAGUCAAGCACGUGCUUCUGGAUCAUUGAUGCUUCAGGAAGGAUGCAGGAUCCCGGUAGAUUCCCUGUGGUCCUUGUCUCAUAAAAGAGAUUUUUAUCUAGGUUUCUUCAUCCAUGUUUCCCGUAUUCAUGUUUCAAAGCUGGAAUUCGGGGGUGGGGGUGUGUGUGAGUGUGUGUCAGUCAAAAAACUUAACUUGAUGAAAUACACAUUUGCCAUAAAUCUAUAUUAUACAUUCCACAGCUUCAAAAUGACAGUGUGCGUCAAUGAGGUAAUUGUUAAGGUACCCGUUGCACUGUAAAUGUGUGUUACUGUUAGCCAUGAUGUGUGUCUUCCUCACUGUUCCCUGUAAGAAAUAGUGCUGCUAUACCUGGCAUGUGUUAUACGACGUUAAAGACAAUAUGUGCAACAGUAAUGAGUGAAGAGCAAUGUUCUCCGUUUGCAGUCGAGAAAGCCUCUAAUGGCACAGCCUACUAAUCGGAUUUAUUAUGCUCGGUGAUAGUUGUGUCUUGCCUUCAGCUGUGCCAGCCAGGUUAGUUUGAAAAACUAAAUAAAUGCAAAUUCUUGUAAAAAA